AUGGCAAACAUUGCCACAGCAUCUCACCAUGAAGAUGCGCCGCCUACGGAAGGCGGCUUCUUUGCCUUCCAUACUACUAUACCAUCAACAAGUGAUGUGAGAAGCGCUAUUGUCAAAGACAUGGACUGGCUGCAGGUCCUGGAACAGUCGCUAUUGGAGAAGGAACAGUACGCCUCAGCAUUUAGCGAGCGAGCCGAUUAUCUUGAACUACAAAACGUCAUGCUCGUCCCAUCACUAGGAACAAACCUCCUGUCGAUAUCUGCUAUCCAGGACUGA